AUGGUGUGUUUGGGAGUUCACAGUUCGUCAGAAAUGUUGCUCCGGCAAAAAAGGUCCUGGAUCAUAGAAUCGUUUGGUUUUAACGAAGGCUACAGCGGACCUUUUCCAUUUCCUUUGGGCAGAGUAAACAUUGAUGAAACCCAAAGUAUCUUCCAAAUACACGGUCAAGGUGUUGACAAGGAACCUCGAAACAUAAUCGGAUUCAACAGUAGUACAGGAGAUAUUUAUGUCCUGGGCACUGUGGACCGGGAGAAAUAUGACAUUUUGAAGCUGACUUUUCUGGCACAUGAUAAAAAAACAUAUAAAACAGAGUCCCAACUGGCCAUCGACAUUCACAUAUUUGACACAAAUGACAACCCUCCACUAUUUGAACAUCAAAAGUAUAAUAUUACUAUAGAGGAGUCAACAUUACAAGGAACUGACUUGAUUACUGUUAAAGCAACAGAUGGUGACAGCAGUGAAAAGAAUAGGAAAUUUACAUUUAGUAUAGACUCGGUCACGCCUACACCAGAAGACUUGGAAUUCUUCAUUAACAAGGUGCCAUUUUCUGGUUAUGGAAGACUUUCAUUCAAAGGAUGUCUGAACUAUGAGAAAGAUGAGAAAUAUGUUGUUAUUGUGACGGCCACAGACGACGGAAAACCAAAACCACUGUCCAGCUCCUGCACCAUCAUAAUCAACAUAGAGGACGGAAAUAACCAUCUUCCAGAGUUCACAGAACAAACCCCCCCAGAAGAUGUAAAAGAAGGACGGGAAAACGUUUUAGUGUCACGCCUACAAGUUACAGACAAAGACACCAGAGGAACAAGGGCCUGGAAGGCAAAAUAUAAAAUCCUCGGUGACAAAAACAACAAUUUCAGAAUCGCCACCGAUCCAGAGACAAAUGAAGGUCACUUGUAUGUGGAAAAGCAGCUUGACUUUGAAGAUGGUCCUGUGAAGAACAUCACUAUCACAGUAGAAAAUGAGAUCCCUUACUUUACAUGCAAAGUGAAGAAUCGCAACUCUGCUGGUCUUUGGACAAUAGAAACAAGUAAUGAGAUCACUUUUAGCGGCGCUGGGAAAAGAAGUGAAGGGGCUGGCAAAGAAGACACAUCCAGCUAUAAUGUGAUAAUAAAAGUGGAGGACGUCAAUGAGCCUCCUGUCUUUAACCCAUCUAAGAAACGAGUUUCUGUGCCUGAGAAUAACGAGGUGGGACAAUAUUUAGAGACCUUUUCUGCUACAGACCCUGACGUCAGCAGUGCAAAUAAAAUAAAAUACAUAAAAGGAGCGGAUCCAGCUGGUUGUCUUGCAGUGGACCCGGAGACAGGAAACAUAACCACAUCAAAGAUCUUAGAUCGAGAGUCUCCCUUUGUUCAAAAUGGAGUCUAUGUAGCCACAAUUUAUGCAGUUGAAGACGGUGAGCCUCCACUGACAGGCACAGCAACUCUCAGCAUCCAUAUUAAUGAUGUGAAUGACAACGCUCCAUUGCUGACUGUAAACACUAUUGACAUGUGUCAAAGUGAUGAAACCUCACAUGCCAAUAUCACAGCUUUGGACCUGGAUGAAGAACCCUAUUCUGGGCCUUUCAGGUUCAAACUUCUUGAAGAUACUGAGAACAAGUGGAGGGUUGAACCUAACCAAGGGUAUUCAGUCAGCCUAGUGAAAGAAAAUACAGUUUAUUCUGGUCAUCAUGAGCUGCUGAUAGAAGUGUCAGAUCGUCAAGGAAAGACUGCUGUCCACGUACUGUCAGUCACUGUGUGCGACUGCUUGAACGCAACACAACCAAACUGCAGACACCUAAAGGUUUCUGGCUCCACAUAUAAGAAGAUGCUGAUCCCAGUAGAUCCUGGCCUGGGCCCAGUAGAUUCUGGACACUUGAUAAUGAGUAACACAGAAGAACCAGGAAACGACUGCAAAGUAAAUAUUGACUGGAUGAGACGAAGCCAAUAUCGUGCUGAUAUUCUACUGAAAAGGGCACUGGAAAUAAAGCUGGACGUCCUGGAAGAACAAGGUGCAGAACUGGGCGAUUACGAGCCAGUAGUCUACGCUGACGAAGGACACGCAGAUCACAACUAUGAACUUGAGGCCAUUUAUAUUCCUGCUCAUUCCCUUGUCCCAGACUUUAACCUGGAUUCCAAGUUCUUUUCUCUGGUUUCGGUCUGUUGUCCUGCUCAUGCCACUGCCCAGGGAACUAAGAUUUAA